AUGUUUGUCGAUGAGAAAUCAAAACAAAAAGCUGUUUUCACCAAGAAUGGCUCAGCUACUCAAUUUCAUGGUAAUUAUAAUAAGAGGGCAGAUGCAUAUGGCUUGUGGACAGCGAAAGGUGUGGCCUCAACACAAUACAAAUAUCAACUGUUGAUAUGUGAUGCAGCUUUCUAUAAAGGCCUCCUUAUCUCUGGGUAUACCGUCAAUUGCUAUAAAAGAUGUGACCAUUGGUGCAGUGACAAAAGCUCUCCCUAUUUCCGUACCUCUGCAACGCCGAAAACUUACAGUGGAGUUGCUUUCAAUGAGAACGGUCAUCUACCAAAGUCAAACCGCCUAGUCAGUGCAGGAAUUCGUUAA